AGAGAGAGAGAGAAAAAUAAGAUUGAAAAAGAGAAAAGCAAUUUUGACAGUUUCUGAUCCAAUUUCUGCUAUUGUGUUCUCUCUCUCUCUCUCUCUCUCUCUCUCACCAUUUAGCACCAAGGUUAGCUAACAAACCCAAGCUCCACACGACACCCACAAACCUCAAGAUCCUAGGGAACCCUUUUCUCUAUUCCUUCUCUAAUCGCAAAUUUAAAUAGGAAAUCUUCAUUCGACAGAUAACCCAUUUCUUCGUUUUACCUCAAAAUCUGAAAUUUUCUCCAAAAAGCUUCAGUUUUGAUGAUCCCUUUCUUUCCCAUUUCUCAUAGGAAUCCAAAAGGCAUGGUUAAGUAAACAUCAAAUUUCGCUGAAAAUUUUGAACUUCAUUUGAUUUUGUACCGACAUAUGCUCCAUUAUCAAGUUGAUCGUCAACAACGAGAACGAGAACGAGAACGAGAGGCCAAUUCCACAUUAGUAUUGUUAGCAUUAUGGGAGCAGAGAAAAGAUGGCUUUUCACACUCUUCUCUGCAGCAUUCAUCUCUCUCUUGUUUCUCUUAUUCUACUCAAUUUCAGCUUUCAGCUCCCCAAAACCCUUCCCUUCUGUUGUCCACUAUGGCACCCACUACCCUCCCGCUUUUGCGUACUAUAUAUCGGGUGUCCGAGGUGAUGGUAAUCGGAUCUUGCGGCUAUUGCUGGCGGUCUAUCACCCAAGGAACCAUUACUUGUUGCAUUUGGGUGCUGAUGCGUCUGAUGAGGAGAGAGUGAGACUUGUUGGGGCAAUAAAUGCAGUGCCUGCAAUCAGGUCUUUUGCAAAUGUCGACGUUGUAGGGAAGCCUAAUCGGCUUACAUAUAUGGGUUCCUCUAAUGUGGCAGCUACAUUGCGUGCUGCUGCCAUUUUGUUGAGGCUGCACUCAGGGUGGGACUGGUUUGUGGCAUUGAGUUCAUCGGAUUAUCCCUUGUUGACUCAGGAUGACUUGUCCCAUGUAUUCUCUUCUGUUAGCAGAGACCUGAAUUUCAUAGAUCACACUGGUGAUCUUGGGUGGAAAGAAUCUCAAAGGUUCCAGCCUAUUGUUGUUGACCCUGGAAUUUACCUAGCAAGAAGGACCCAGAUUUUUCGGGCUACAGAGAAGCGGCCAACUCCUGAUGCUUUCAAAUUAUUCACAGGCUCCCCAUGGGUCAUCUUGAGCAGAUCAUUUCUUGAAUUUUGCAUUCUUGGUUGGGAUAACCUCCCACGAACUCUUCUCAUGUACUUCAACAAUGUGAUUUUACCUGAAGAGGGCUACUUCCACUCAGUCAUUUGCAAUGCACCAGAGUUUAAGAACACUACUGUAAACAGCGAUCUAAGAUAUAUGGUCUGGGACAAUCCUCCAAAGAUGGAACCUCAUUUUCUGAACGUCUCUGAUUAUGAUCAAAUGGUUCAAAGUGGAGCUGCUUUUGCAAGACAGUUCAAGGUGAAUGAUCCUGUACUGGAAAUGGUUGAUGAGAAGAUCCUAAAGCGUGGACAUAACCGGGCUGCUCCAGGGGCUUGGUGCACUGGCCGGAGGAGCUGGUGGAUUGAUCCUUGCUCUCAAUGGGGUGAUGUCAAUGUAGUUAAGCCUGGGCCUCGGGGGAAAAAAUUUGAAGAGACCAUCAAAAACCUUCUUGACGAGUUGAAUUCGCAGAUGAAUCAAUGCCAAUGAAAGUGCAUAUUGAAGGCUCGUUGUCGGAGGCAAGAUGCAAAAGUUUUCUGCAUCUGAAUUUUGUUGACGUAUUCGAAGGAUGACCAUAGCUAGAGAAUUGAUUCUUUGGUCUUUUAGGUCCAUUUUGUGGGUGAUUCUCCAAUCAUCGGCUAUGGAUGUUUAUAGGAGUGGCAGAGUUGAAGGGGAAACAAGUGAAUUCACUUGGGGUUUUUCGAUUGUAUCCUGUGAUGGGGGCUGGUAUUUAUUCAGAGCCACCUAUAUGCAGUUUCAAUCAACAAGAGGAUCACCCUGUUUGUGCUGCCAGUAGAGAAUACUGUUGUAUGUUAAUGUUCUGUUGUUUCACGUCCAAUGCUAUUCUUUUAAUUCUACUUUUGUGCUCAGUUGACCAUCUUAUGAUUUUCAUGCAGCAAA